GUGUUAUUCAUGUUGUAGUAUUCUGGUGGUUGACAUGAUCACGUCUAUGUUGAACACCCUUCCAUUUGUGGAGGAAUACUAAGUACGGAGGAAACUGAAGAGAUUCGGUCUCCCAGCUGCGAUGCAGUAUAUCACUAGUAUUACUUGUCUUGAUCUAUGGUUAAUGACUGACUAGUCACCUCGAUCAGUCCAGUUCCUGACAGUCUGGAUAUGGAUAUGGACAACAGACGGUAACGAUCGGCAUGACGACAUGCCCCUCACCGAUCAAUUUUGACUCUCCCUUCAACAACCGCAUCGCAAUCAACCAGACCAUUGACGACCAUGACAACCCCAUAUCCCUUCAAUCCCUCCCCUCCCCAGUCCACUCCCGAAUCCACCAACAAUGUCAACGGACGCACCCCCUCCCCCCAAACAUCACGCCUCCGCGCCAUAAUGCGCGAGGCCCAUCGCGACCCGUCCAAAAUCCUCGCCUUCCCCUGCAGCUACGACGGGCUCUCCUCGCGACUAAUCGAGGAGGCCGGAUUCCCCAUGCUCUUCCUGUCCGGCUUCGCCGUCGCCAGCUCCUUCGGCCUCCCCGACACAGGAUACAUCGCCAUGGCGGAGAUGUGCGCUCGCAUCCAGGAGAUCGUGCGCGUCACGUCCAUUCCGCUCAUGGCGGAUGGAGACACGGGCUACGGCAGUCCUAUGAAUGUUAGGCGCACGGUGGAGUCGUUCGCUGCGGCGGGCGCGGCGGGCGUUAUGAUCGAGGAUCAGACGUGGCCUAAGCGAUGUGGUCACACGAAAGGUAAAUCGGUCGUCUCGCGAGGCGAAGCUUACGCGCGCAUCCAGGCUGCAUGUGACGCGCGCAACGAAGGCCGGGAUAUCUUCAUCCUGGCGCGCACUGACGCCCUGAUCCACGGGUGGGACGAGGCGAUGGCGCGCGCCGCCGAGUUUAAGCGCAUGGGGGCCGAUGCUGUCUUUGUUGAGGCUCUUCCGGACAAGGAUGCAAUGGCGCGGUGCGUCAAGGAGCUGGAUAUGCCUAUGCUGGCGAAUAUUAUCGAGGGCGGCAAGACCGAGAAUCUCCCUGCUGGGGAGCUUGCUCGGAUGGGGUUUGCUGCGGUCGCGUAUCCGUGGACGCUGGUCGCUGCGCGGUUGAAGAGUAUUCGGGAUGCGCUGGAGGGACUGAAGCGGAGUAUGGUGGAUGGGACGCCGCCGCCGCAGAUCCUGGGGUAUUCGGAGAUGUGCGAAGGGGUCGGAUUUAACCGAUAUUGGAAUCAAGAGGCGCGGUAUGAGUACACGGAGGAGGGCUUGGUUCGCCCGUCUAAGACUAGUGACGGGACUUGA